AUGUACUCUACCGGUCGCGGCGGACUUAAGCAACUCCUCCACCCUUAUUACAUCGUCAACAUACUUCUGAGUGUUAUCUUCCCUUGUUGCAAAACUCUUCCUGGACUGUGUGAAAUCCUCUUCGACAACUGUACUCUAGAUUUCCAAGAAUAUGAAGUCAUCAUAUUUUUGGCCAGUUUCAUCACUAUUCGCAAUAAGCGACAGUUUUCCAUAACCGACUAUGUUGCUCACUUCUGUAUGUAUGCCAAGUUGUGCAAUCUCUUCAUGUUUUGGCGUCAGAGCUUGGCCUAUGCUUGCCUUUAUGGAGUUUUGUGGAUCCUCCAGUCUUCCUUCCUCUUCCAACCUGUGUACAAGGGUCCAGAGGCAGUUCUCUACUUCCGUCCUGAAACCUUUGAUGAGGUUGUAAAACAUGGCGAUCCCCGUGUCACGUGGAUUAUAGCCUUCUACACCGCCUGGUCGCCGGCCUGUAACGCACUAGCUCCGAUAUUUUCAGAGCUUUCGCACGAUUAUGCGCUGCCUUUCUUGAAAUUUGGCAAGGUCGACGUGACCCGUUCACCCAAUCUAGCCCGCGCCUGUAACGUCGACAAUUCGACUUGGUCGAAACAGCUGCCCACCAUAAUCAUGAAAAAACUCGAGCUUAUUGCACUUGUUUCUUGGCAAGACGCUUACGAAGACUUG